UCUUUGAUAUUCAAACUGAACAAUCAAAAUAUCCAACUUUCUUUGGUGGUUUUUCGCUUUUUUUUCCCAAAUUCGCACAUUUUCACAAGUACCACGAUGGCAGUUAACCUCGAAGACUAUUUUCGGACGAUAUUUGAGGACAAACUCCUGGUGAAAAUGCCAGAGAAAGAAGACGACCAACUCACUCCCGCAACAAGAUUAUUGGAAAAACGAAGGGAAAUGUCAGAAGUGGAGCAAGCUUUGACGGCACAGAAAGAGGAAUUUCAAAUGAAGAUGGAGAGCUUACAGCAACGAAGAGAAGAACUAGAAAGAAAGGAAUUCCAGUUGAAGGAAUCUCUUCUUAAAUUUGAUAAAUUUCUAAAGGAAAAUGAUUCAAAGAGAUCCAGAGCCUUGAAAAAAGCAUCUGAAGAACGCGACAUGAAACGUGGAAAAGACAGAGAAAUAAACAGGUUGAAAGAGGAAACUGCAAAUUUGGUCAAAGUCCGCGAUAAAAUGCAGAGAAAACUAUCGAGAUACGUUGCCUCGCAGAAAUAUCUGGAUAAAGUUUUAGAAAAGGCAGAAGAGUUCACGGAAAUUCGGGAUAUAAUAGCGCGAUACGACACCUUAACCGCGACACACCAGGAUCUCUUUGAACGCGAAGCGAGAAACCAAGAGAAAUACGAACAAGAGAAAGCAAGACUUAUGAAGUUCACUGAAGAGAAAAACAACGAAGUAUUGAAUUAUAACAACCAGCUUGCUCAACUUCAAACAGAACUAGAGAAAACACAAAGCAUUGCGGUGAAAUGGGAGUCACAAUGGACCCAUAUCAAGAACACAGCUGCAACGAAAACCCUGCUGUUGGGUAGAAUAAAAAUGGCUACUCACAAUUUGUUUAUGUUGGUGAACGGGCAGUUGAAAACAACGACUGUCAUCGAAAAUACUGAGAGACAGUUGGAAAAGAUCCAAACGUUCAUCCAGGAUUUAUCUCAAAUAACCCAAGAGAUUAGGCGUGGAGAAACAGCUGCGACCACGUCGAUGACCACGUCUUAGUAUCGUGCGAUGGCGUUUA